UAAACUCUUCAAAGGAGGGCAUUCCAGUGGAAGGGAAUGCACCAUUCUUGCUUGAAUAAAUACAAAAAGACGGGUUAUAAUUUUUUUUUUUUAGGGUUUCUUGUAAACGUCUCAAGACAUUUAUGUAUUAGGAUUUAGGGUUUUCUCUUCACAAGGCAGGAGCGGCGGUUGGAGCAGCAGCAUUGAGCAGGAUGAGUCACAGGAAGUUCGAGCAUCCCAGGCAUGGAUCCCUUGGAUUCCUUCCUCGCAAGAGAGCUCGUCGUCACAGAGGAAAAGUUAAGUCUUUUCCGAGGGAUGACCCAACAAAGCCCUGCAAGCUGACGGCUUUCAUGGGGUACAAGGCAGGCAUGACCCACAUCGUCAGAGAGGUCGAGAAGCCUGGAUCCAAGCUUCACAAGAAGGAGACCUGUGAGACAGUGACUAUUUUGGAGACUCCACCCAUGGUGAUUGUGGGUUUAGUGGCCUACAUCAAGACACCUCGUGGUCUCCGCACGCUCAACACCGUGUGGGCUCAGCAUCUCAGUGAGGAGUUGAGGAGACGUUUUUACAAGAACUGGUACAAGGCCAAGAAGAAGGCCUUUACCAAGUAUGCGAAGAAAUAUGAAACUGAUGAUGGAAAGAAAAACAUUGAUGCUGAACUUGAAAAGAUGAAGAAGUAUGCUUCUGUUAUUAGGGUUUUAGCUCACACUCAGGUGAAGAAGAUGAAGGGUUUGAAGCAGAAGAAGGCUCACCUCAUGGAAAUCCAAGUGAAUGGUGGAGCAAUUGCACAAAAAGUAGAUUAUGGGUACAGCUUUUUUGAGAAGCAGGUACCCAUUGAUGCUAUUUUCCAGAAGGAUGAAAUGAUUGAUGUGAUUGGUGUUACAAAAGGUAAGGGGUAUGAAGGUGUGGUAACUAGAUGGGGCGUCACAAGACUGCCUCGUAAAACACAUAGAGGUUUGCGAAAGGUAGCCUGUAUUGGUGCUUGGCAUCCAGCCAGAGUUUCCUUCACAGUUGCUAGAGCUGGUCAGAAUGGAUAUCAUCAUCGAACCGAAAUGAAUAAGAAGAUCUACAAGAUUGGUAAGCGAGAAGAGGAUUCCCAUACUGCACUGACCGAUUUUGAUCGGACUGAGAAGGAUAUCACUCCAAUGGGUGGAUUUCCUCACUAUGGUAUUGUAAAGGAUGAUUACAUCAUGAUCAAAGGAUGUUGUGCUGGUCCCAAGAAGCGUGUCGUUACUUUGCGUCAGUCACUCUUGAAACAGACAUCUCGUACAGCUUUGGAAGAAAUCAAGCUGAAAUUCAUUGACACCUCCUCCAAGUUUGGACACGGAAGGUUCCAGACAUCAGCAGAGAAAGCUAAGAUUUUUGGUAAAUUGAAGGCGUAGCAGGUAAUGUAGGCGGUUCUUAGUAUUCAUCUGUGGCUGCAGACGGUGUGUUUUUUUUUUUGAUCAAAAAUGAAUUUUAAGCAUUCAUUUAAGUUUUUUAAACUACUGUGCAUUUUUCCAGUAAAAAUCAUUGAGAAUAUUGUCUGAAUGGAGAUAACAUUCAAAUUAAUUGUCUUUUAUCGAGGAUUAUUUGCUUCAGAGUAAAAGAGGCUGGUGUCAUUGAUCUCUGAAAUAAACUGAUCUCUGUUUUUUUGGCAUGUUAACAUAUAAAUAUUUUAGUUGA